AUGCCUCCAUCAAUGCCGCGGGCAGCGGUCCCCACAUCGUCGUUAUGCCCAUCAUGCUCUCGAGCAGUCAACCCCCGCCGAUGGCUCUCCUCCACAGCCACUCUCUCCCAGGUCGGACCAGAGUCUCCUCGCUACAUCGAAGUCCCUAAAACCCCCCAAACUCGUGCGCACUACAAGCCUCCCGUCAAAGGCGUGCUCCCCGUCCCCCGAGAGAUCUUCCCCCGUGGGGCACCCAAUAAAGCAUCCCCCGUCUACCUCGUCCGCGCAACCCCCGAACCAGACAGCCAACGCAAAGCACCAACCGGCCCCGGGUCAUCACGACUAGCAUGGAAAGAGCGAAUGGCCGAAGUGCGGCGGAAGAACCUCCGAGAGGGCAUCAUGGAGCUGCAGAAGCGCAAGCGCCAGACCGACAAGUACUUCGCUGAGCGCGGAGCCCGCCGACAAGCCGAGCAGAAGGCGCUCAUUAGCCAGCCGGAGCGGGACGAUGAGCUGUUGACGCAGUCGAGCAUCAGCGUGGAACUGCGAGACAUCCUGGAAGGGCGGAUGAAGAUCCACGGACCGGAUCCGGCGAAGCUGCAGGAGAGUGCUGCAAAGUACGAAGCCAAAGCGAAGGACAAGGAGGCCUGGCAGAUGGACUCGCUGCACAUGCUCUAUAUGCAGGCGAAGGACUUCAUCACCACGGAGGCCCAGUUGGAUGCUGCAGUCGAGGAGGCCUUUGGGACGGAGGAGAUGCCGAAGAGGUUCGGCGCGCUCACUGAUGGGUUGAGUAUGUGGGAUGUUGCCAAACCGGACACUGUGGCGCAGUUGUUGAGGAAAGCGAAUACGGAUGAUACGUCUACCGGUGGAGACUUGGCCAGCUUGAGGCAGGAGCGCUUGAAGGAGAUUGCGGAACAGCUGACGGGAGGGAAGAUUUGGGAUCAUCAGGAGAGUGCUUCGGGUCGGUCGUAUUAA